AGAACAAUUCCAUGAGUGUAAGAGAAAUUGGAUAGUCUCCACUAGGACGAGACAGACAGCGAAAGAGAGAGAGCCUGUAGAGGACUGGAAAUGACCAACUUGGAAGAAAAACUAAGAGUCCAAGACAGUUGAAUGGAAUGGUCCAUCGACUCCAUUCAGUGUCAAAUUGUCAAUGGACGGAAGGUUAAGUUGAAUGUAACUCACUUAUGGCCCGUGGAUGAAGUAAGCGUAAACUUGGUUUCAACCCAAUCACGGACCGUGGCGGGAGAGCCGAGGGCCAACCGUGGUUGGCUGCACGUUUUCCUGCCUGCCAUCUUCCCGGCUGUGGCUGCCUUAGGCUUUGAGUUCUUCUUUCGGCUUACUCAAGCAGGCACUGCAUUGCUUGCUUGCUUCCUUCCAUCAUCCAUCAUCUUUCCAUUGUUCCUCCAUCUCGUAUAUUCGACCACUUACCUUACCAGAUACUAUAACCUUGAAGGAACUUGGACUUCUUUCUUAUUCUUCAUCUCCAUCUUCAUCUUCACUCUCCUCUCGCCAGCAUCUUCUGGAUCAGACAAUCGCAAACUCGCGCGGUCUACUCCGUACACUCUCUGCACUGGUUUGCGAGUGGGGAUUCCGUUCAUAUCCGCUCUUGUAUGGGGUGUGUCUUGGUGGAAGUGGAUUGGUAUCAAUCUUCCUCUGAUUUGUGUGCACUGGAGACUUCUCCAGUGUCUUGCGUCACACCUUCUUCCAUUCUCAAACGGGUGACGAUCACAGCUCCAGGGUCUCCGGGUCUCUGUGCUUUGCUGUAAGCAGUGCUCUUCUGCUCCAAAUCUUCAUUUCAUUCUGAUCAAUUUCUUGUCUCCUCGACUGACCCCUCAGUCAUUCUCAACCCCUCCCCCUUGAUCCACUGUCAAAUUUCCCAGUUUCAUCAGUCCGUGCUUGCCAGCCUUUCAUACCUAUAUUAGGUGUUGCCCGCCCUCCCGGUCCUCGGUCUGGUGGCCUGUGGCUUCAGGCAUCAAGCUCAAUUGACUUGAGUUUUUCCUUCUCUGUCUCUGGUGCUAUCGAG